AGAAAUCACUGAAAAUGUGGUGUGUUGGAGAAACCAAUAGAACUUCCAUGCUAUAUGAUGCUAAAAUGGAAGCUUUGACUUUAAGUGCCAGUGUAUCAUGCAUGCCACUAAUUCCAGGGGACACUCCCCUGCUUUCCUGCAACCUCAGAAUGGAAACAGCCAUCGUUCAUCUGGCUAUGUUCCAGGGAAGGUUGUCCCACUGCGUCCCCCUCCUCCUCCAAAGAGCCAAGCUUCAGCCAAACUUACCUCCAUCCGACAGGAAGCCCAGGCCAGCUUUGCUUUUUCAUCUGAGGAACAGCAAGUCCAGAGAGAGCGCCGAAAGCAGAAGAGGCACAAAAAUACUUUCAUUUGCUUUGCUAUUACUAGUUUUUCAUUUUUUGUUGCACUUGCCGUCAUUUUAGGAAUAUCCUCAAAAUAUGCUCCAGAUGAGAAUUGCCCAGAUCAAAACCCUCGUCUCAGGAACUGGGAUCCAGGACAAGAUUCUGCAAAACAAGUUGUUAUCAAGGAAGGAGAUAUGUUUCGUCUGACCUCAGAUGCCACAGUGAAUUCUAUAGUUAUUCAGGAUGGAGGACUGCUUGUGUUUGGGGAUGAUAAAGAUGGAUCCAGAAAUAUUACUUUGAGGACUCGUUACAUCCUGAUCAAGGAUGGUGGGGCGCUUCAUAUUGGAGCAGAAAAAUGCCGCUAUAAAUCCAAAGCGACAAUUGCCUUGUAUGGCAAGUCAGAUGAAGGUGAAAGUAUGCCAACAUUUGGCAAAAAAUUUAUUGGUGUGGAAGCCGGUGGGACACUGGAAUUACAUGGGACACAGAAGGCAUCAUGGACAUUGUUGGUGAGAACUCUGAAUGCUUCAGGCUUGACCUUUGGCUCCUAUGCCUUUAAAAAGGACUUUUCCAGGGGCCUCAAUGUGAGGGUCAUUGAUCAAGACACAGCCAAAAUUUUGGAAAUUGAGAGAUUUGAUACCCAUGAAUCCCAAAAUGAAAGUAGGCGUCUUCAGAAAUUCCUGAGAGACCAGGAUCCGGGGCGGAUUGUUGCCAUAGCUGUUGGAGAUUCAGCUGUUAAAAGCCUUUUACAAGGAACCAUACAGAUGAUCCAGGACCGGCUGGGAAGUAAGCUGAUCCAAGGGCUGGGCUACAGGCAAGCUUGGGCUUUGGUUGGUGUCAUUGAUGAUGGCAGUACUUGCAAUGAAUCUGUAAGAAACUAUGAGAAUCAUAGUAGUGGAGGGAAGGCUCUCGCCCAAAGAGAAUUUUAUACUGUGGAUGGUCAGAAGUUCUCUGUGACAGCUUAUAGUGAAUGGAUUGAAGGUAUUUCUUUUUCAGGUUUCCGGGUAGAGGCCAUAGAUGGAGUAAAACUGCACCUGCUGGAUGAUGUUAGUAGCUGGGAACCCGGAGAUCAGAUUGUGGUCGCAAGCACAGACUAUUCCAUGUACCAAGCAGAGGAGUUUACUCUUCUCCCCUGUCCUGAGUGCAGCCGCUUCCAGGUCAAAGUCAAAGAAACACCUCAGUUCCUGCACAUGGGUGAGAUUAUAGAUGGUGUAGACAUGAGAGCUGAGGUUGGAAUUCUUACCCAGAAUAUUGUCAUCCGAGGAGAAAUGGAAAACUCAUGCUAUGCUGAAAAUCAGUGUCAGUUCUUUGAUUAUGAUACCUUUGGAGGACAUGUCAUGAUAAAGAAGAAUUUUACUUCGGUCCAUCUUUCUCACGUGGAAUUGAAACACAUGGGUCAGCAGCACCUGGGGCGGUAUCCUGUUCAUUUUCAUCUAUGUGGAGAUGUGGAUUCCAGAGGAGGGUACAGACAUGCAGCAUUUGUGGAUGGCCUGUCCAUUCAUCACAGCUUCUCGAGGUGCAUCACUGUGCAUGGGACGAAUGGCUUGCUGAUAAAAGACACCGUCGGAUUUGACACACUGGGUCAUUGUUUCUUUCUGGAAGAUGGUAUUGAACAGAGAAAUACUUUGUUCCACAAUCUGGGACUCCUCACCAAACCAGGCACACUUCUUCCCACGGAUAGGAAUAACUCCAUGUGCAUCACCAUGAGGGAAAAAGUUUUUGGAAAUUAUAUCCCUGUGCCUGCCACUGACUGUAUGGCUGUUUCAACUUUCUGGAUUGCUCAUCCCAACAAUAAUCUGAUUAAUAAUGCAGCUGCAGGCUCACAGGAUGCUGGAAUAUGGUAUUUAUUCCACAAGGAACCUACGGGGGAAUCCAGUGGAUUGCAGCUCUUAGCAAAACCAGAACUCACUCCACUGGGAAUAUUUUAUAACAACAGGGUCCAUUCAAGUUUUAAGGCUGGCUUAUUUAUUGACAAAGGUGUCAAAACAACCAAUGCUAGUGCUGCUGACCCAAGGGAGUACCUCUGUUUGGAUAACAGUGCAAGGUUUCGGCCUCACGAGGAUGCAGACCCUGAGAAGCCACGUGUUGCUGCUUUGAUUGACAGGCUCAUUGCUUUUAAAAACAAUGACAACGGAGCUUGGGUUAGAGGCGGAGAUAUUGUGGUUCAGAAUUCAGCAUUUGCAGACAAUGGAAUAGGACUGACCUUUGCCAGUGAUGGAAGCUUCCCAAGUGAUGAAGGUUCCAGCCAAGAGGUAUCUGAAUCUCUCUUUGUUGGGGAGAGCAGGAAUUACGGCUUUCAGGGUGGUCAGAACAAGUAUGUAGGCACUGGAGGGAUAGACCUGAAGCCUCGGACAUUACCUAGGAACAGGACAUUUCCAAUUAGAGGCUUUCAGAUCUAUGAUGGGCCCAUACAUCUCACCAGGUGCACUUUCAAAAAAUAUGUGCCAACUUUAGAUAGAUAUACCAGUGCUAUUGGCUUCCUCAUGAAGAAUUCCUGGCAGAUAACCCCCAGAAAUAACAUCUCCCUCGUGAGGUUUGGUCCACAUGUCUCUCUUAAUGUAUUCUUUGGAAAGCCUGGCCCGUGGUUUGAAGACUGUGAGCUCGAUGGUGAUAAGAACUCCAUAUUCCACGACAUUGAUGGCUCUGUGACAGGAUACAGGGAUGCUUAUGUGGGAAGAAUGGACAACUACCUGAUCCGCCAUCCAAUUUUCAUUCUCUUUUCUUUAAUUCUUAAUUAUUUUUUGAAGGUCUAUGUGCAGACAUGGAGCACUCCGAAUCUGACUAUGACCAUCACACGAGAUGAGUAUCCAGACUACCCUAUGGUGCUCCGAGGAAUUAACCAGAAGGCAGCUUUCUCGCAGUACCAGCCCGUGAUCAUGCUGGAGAAGGGCUACACCAUCCACUGGAAUGGGCCAGCACCCAAGACUGCUUUUCUAUACCUCAUAAACUUCAACAAGAAUGACUGGAUUCGAGUUGGUCUCUGCUAUCCAUCAAACACAAGUUUUCAGGUUACCUUUGGCUUUUUACAGCGGCAUAAUGGCUCGUUAUCCAAAAUGGAGGAGUAUGAGCCUGUGCAUUCGUUGGAGGAAUUGCAGAAGAAGCAGGCUGAGAGGAAAUUCUAUUUUGACUCCAGCACCGGGUUGCUGUUUCUGUAUCUUAAAGCCAAAAGCCACAGGGAUGGUCACAGUUACUGUUCAUCUCAGGGAUGUGAACGAGUCAAGAUCCAGGCAGCAACAGACUCAAAAGACAUCAGUAACUGCAUGGCCAAAGCGUAUCCCCAGUAUUACAGAAAGCCAUCAGCCCUCAGGUCGAUGCCAUCCAUGCUCAAGGGACUCUGUCAAGGCUGUGGAACCCAUCAGGUAAAACAAGGAAUAAAAGUGAGCUUUGGUCCAAGAGAAAAAGUCAAAAGGUUCUGUGCAGUCAGCACAUUUUUUUUUCUCCCUGAAACAUCUGUGCUGCCCAUUUAUUUUGUUUUUUUAA